ACACACACACACACAGACACACACACACACACACACACACACACACACACACACAGACACGUGACUUCCAGUAAAGCAGAAGGAGGAACAAACAGACAGGAAGUGAAGUUGAAAGUUUUCAGUCAGACGCCAUUUCACAUCAGAGCAGAAGGAGAAAAACAGUCUGAGGCAGUGUUACUGGUUUACCUCUCAGACUCCAGAAGAUGAAGAAAGAGGAGGAAGAGGAGGACGGAGCAGAGUCUGUAAUAUCCAGCUGUCUGUCUAUGAAGAGUGACCGGUCUAAAGAAUAUCCUCCUCCAGUCUUCAGUAAUGAACCUGGACCCUCAGACACAAAACAGAGAGCAGAGUCUGUAAUAUCCAGCUGUCCGUCUAUGAAGAGUGACUGCUCUAAUGAUAGACUUCCUCCAACCUUCAGUAAUGAACCUGGACCCUCAGACACAAAGAAGAGGAAGAGGAGGGCUGGUUCUGUGGAGGAGCAGCUGUCCUGCUGUUCUUUGUGUCAGGACGUCCUGAAGGAUCCAGUCUCUACCAGCUGUGGAUAUUGGUUCUGCAGACAGUGCAUCACCUCAUACUGGGACCAUCAUCAGAAGACUACUGAUUCAUCAAGAGGCCCCUUCUGUCCCAAGUGUAGAAAAAGAUCCAGAACCAGACCUGGACUGCAGACAGACAGUCAGACCAGCACUGUACAAACAGAAAGUGGUCUGCAGGAGGUUUUAGAUGAACAUCAGAUCAGUCUGAGCAGCACAUGUGAAUGUGUGACUCAAGGAACUGAUGAAGCAGGAAGUAAAACCUUCCUCAUCAGCAUCUUCACUGAUGUCCACAUCACAGAGGGACAGAGUGAAGAGGUUAAUACCCAACAUGAGGUGAGGCAGCUUGAAACAGCUUCCAAGAUGAAGACCCUCCAUGACGCUCCAAUCAAGUGUCAGGACAUCUUUAAAGUCUUACCUGACCAACAGGUAACUGAAGAGGUUAAUACCCAACAUGAGGUGUGGCAGCUUGAAACAGCUUCCAAGAUGAAGACCCUCCAUGACACUCUAACCAAGGAUCAGGACAUCUGUGAAGUCUUACACAGAGUCAGAGUGGUUCUGAUGAACGGCGUCGCUGGCGUUGGAAAAACCUUCUCAGUGCUGAAGUUCACUCUGGACUGGGCACAGUGCUCCAACAACCAUGAUAUCAGUCUGCUGAUUCUGUUCUCGUUCAGGUCGCUGAACUUGAUCAAAGAUGAGCAGUACAGUCUGCUCAUGCUGAUCCAUGUUUUCUAUCCAACAUUACAGAAGCUCACAGCAGAGAAGCUCGCUGUCUGUAAAGUUCUGUUCAUCUUUGACGGCCUGGAUGAAAGCAGACUUUCACUGGAUUUCAACGACAGUGAGAUCGUGUCUGAUGUCACACAGAAGUCAUCAGUCAGCGUGCUGUUGACAAACCUCAUCAACGGGAAGCUGCUUCCCUCGGCUCUCGUCUGGAUAACUUCCCGACCUGCAGCAGCCAAUCAGAUCCCUCCUUCAUGUGUGGACAGGGUAACAGAAGUACGAGGCUUCACUGACCCCCAGAAGGAGGAGUACUUCAGGAGGAGAUUCAGUGAUGAAGAGCAGUCCAGCACAAUCAUCUCACACAUCAAGACAUCCAGGAGCCUCCACAUCAUGUGUCACAUCCCAGUCUUCUGCUGGAUCACUGCUACAGUUCUGGACCACAUGUUGACUACAGACCAGAGAGGAGAGCUGCCCAAGACCCUGACUGACAUGUACUCACACUUCCUGCUGGUUCAGACAAAGAGGAAGAAGAACAAGUAUGAUGAGGGACAUGAGACGAGUCCACAGGAGCUGACGGAGGCUGACAGGAACCUUCUUCUGAAGCUGGGGAGGCUUGCGUUUGAACACCUGGAGAAAGGAAACAUCAUGUUCUACCAAGAAGACCUGGAGCAGUGUGGUCUUGAUGUCACAGAGGCCUCGGUGUUAUCAGGAGUUUGUACACAGAUCCUCAAAAGAGAGAGUGUGAUCUUCCAGAAAACAGUCUACAGCUUUGUUCAUCUGAGCAUUCAGGAGUUUCUGGCUGCAGUCUACAUGUACCACUGUUACACCAGCAGGAAGACAGAGGUACUGGAGGACUUCCUGGGAGAAGACUACAGUUACUCAUCUCUAGAUGACUUCCUGAAUGUAGUCAUGGAGAAAUCACUCAGAAGUGAAAAUGGCCACCUGGACCUGUUUGUCCGCUUCCUUCAUGGCCUCUCUCUGGAGUCCAACCAGAGUCUCUUAGGAGGCCUGCUGGGUCAGACAGACAACAGUCCACAAACCAUCCAGAGAGUCAUCAACAACCUGAAGAAGAUGAACAGUGAGGAUAUCUCUCCUGACAGAAUCAUCAACAUCUUCCACUGUCUGAUGGAGAUGAACGACCGCUCAGUACAUCAGGAGAUCCAAGAGUUCCUGAAGUCAGAGAACAGAUCAGAGGAGGAACUCUCUGAGAUCCACUGCUCAGCUCUGGCCUACAUGCUGCAGAUGUCAGAGGAGGUUCUGGAUGAGUUGGACCUGAAGAAAUACAAAACAUCAGAUGAGGGACGACGGAGACUGAUCCCAGCUGUGAGGAACUGCAGAAAGGCUGUACUUACUACCUUUGGACUCUCAGACUCUGAAUGUGAAGUUGUGACCUCAGCUGUGAAGUCCAACCCUCAUCUGACAGAGCUGCACCUGUGGCUCAACGAACUGUCUGAUUCAUCAGAGAAGCUUCUGUCUGCUGUACAGGAGAGUCCACACUGUAAACUGAAGACUCUGAUACUUACUGCUGUUGGACUCUCAGACCCUGACUGUGAAGUUGUGACCUCAGCUGUGAAGUCCAACCCUCGUCUGACAGAGCUGCACCUGAGACUCAACAAACUGUCUGAUUCAUCAGUGAAGCUUCUGUCUGCUGUACAGGAGAGUCCACACUGUAGACUGAAGACUCUGAUACUUUUUUACUGUGAACUCUCAGAGACUCACUGUGAAGUUUUGGCCUCAGCUCUGAAGUCCAACCCUCAUCUGACACAUCUGAACCUGAGUUGGAACAAACUGUUCGAUUCAUCAGUGAAGCGUCUGUCUGCUGGACUGGAGAGUCCAAACUGUAGACUGGAGACUCUGAUACUUUCUGACUGUGAACUUUCAGAGACUCACUGUGAAGUUUUGGCCUCAGCUCUGAAGUCCAACCCUCAUCUGACAGAUCUGGACCUGAGUGAGAACAAACUGUCUGUUUCAUCAGUGAAGCGUCUGUCUGCUGGACUGAAGAGUCCAAACUGUAGACUGGAGACUCUGAUAUUGGAGCACUGCAGUUUGUCAAAGAUCAGCUGUGAUUAUCUGGUCUCAGCCCUGAAGUCCAACUCCUCCCAUCUCAGAGAGCUGGAUCUGAGAGAAAACAAGCUGCAGGAUUCAGACAUGAAGCAGCUGAUUGAUCUUCAGCAGAGUCCAGACUGCAGACUGGAGACUCUGAGAUGGAAGGAUUGAUCUCUGUCAGAGUGAGAGUGAACAUCCAGGAGUGUUGAGAGAGGAUCAGCUGGAUCCUGAUGAUCCAGCUGGAGUCUGGAUUUGGAUUUUAUCGUCUUCACUUAAGUCUCUUAACUGACUCCAAACUGCACAGUUAUCUCUGGAUUUUGUUGAAAUCAGCUUUUAGCCCUUUUAAUAAGCUCACAGUCAUCAAGCGUUCCCAAACAUCUGUCCUCUCAGGGAAUAUCUCUGCCUGAACUCUCCUGCAGCUCCUAAAUAUCAGCACACACAGGAAUCAUUCACCAAGUUUGGAAAGUUGAACAAACUCUUUUCCUCCUAAAAGUAGGAGCAGAGAUGUGUCACUCUGAUCAUUUUUUGACAGUUAGGAGUGAUUUCCUGCUCUGAGACGCUUGAUAAAUACGAGCCCAGAUGUGACAGAUUUAAUGUUCACUCAUUUCAUUCAGUUCAAUUCUGAAAUAAUUUCUCAUUGGUCAGAAAACCUGCAUGCAGGUCAAAUCAUAUCCUGGUUCUGUUGAUAACAACAUCAAGCC